UUGAAUAUGUUACAUCUUUGCUUAUGUAAGCUGUGCGAGCAGCGCUCUAAGUAACGUGUAAAGCGAUGUUUACUCUUUAGAGUGUAUAUGACUGAUAUCUGCAUGAUGUAAUGUUUCUCUCUUAAAACGGCGGAUGAAUAGAUCAAAAGUGACAGGUACGUAAUUCGUCACUGAGGAUAGAAUUUUUCAAAUCUAAUCAAUACGCAAUAUACAAAAAAUGAAUAUCCAAUUGAGUAAAACAUCCAUUAUAAUAAUGUGCGGGGCAACGGCAGUGUUGACAAUUGUAUAUUGGGUAAAGCGGCGAAACACUAAGCAGACUAAGUCAGAACAGGAUAGUUCUGUCAAUGGAGAACUGAUUUCCGAACCGAUUGAAACCACAAGCAAUGAUCGAUCGGAAAGUGUACCGGCAAAGACCACCAAAAACGAUACGCUACAACAGAUUAUACCCAAAGAAUGGAGAAAAAUAGGACACGUGAACGAACUGUUUAUUUAUCCAUUGAAAUCGGGCCGUGGAAAAUACUUGAAAGACUCCGUUUUCACUGAUUAUGGCAUCAGUAUGAGCAUCGAUGACAGAUAUUUCUUGCUAAGAGACAGAAUGUUCCUCGUCUAUAAUGAAGAAACCGGCGAGUUCAGAACAAGCAGAAAUUAUCCCACGUUAAUCUUGGUGACCCUAAGUGCUGUUGACACAGCCCAUGUGAAACUAGAGGCAGUUGGGAUGCCUUCCGUGACGUUCAAGGUGCCGGAAAGCACUGUCAAAAGCGUCUCGACUCCAGCUCCUUGCUUGCUGUGGUGGGGUGGAACCCUCCAGUGCCUUGACUGUGGUUCCGAAGUGGCCAAAUGGAUAUCUAAGUUUUUAACUGGGACCAAUAACGGUCUUAGAUUAGGCUGUGCUGUUGGAAAAACGAAUAUCGAUAGUGCAGAACAGGAGCCAUGGGAAAAUUUUGACGAAGUCUACGCCACUCUGAAGAACACAGGCGCUGGCCUUUCGUCAGAUUUAGCGAGCUACAUGGUGAUGUCCGAAUCCUCAGUCCACGAGCUUAAUCAAAAGAUGGACCGUCCAGGUCUCGCGUUACAGUUUAGACCAAACAUCGUUAUAGCAGGACCCGAACCUUUCGCGGAGGACAACUGGGACUGGAUUAAAAUCGGCGAGAGCGUUGUGAUAAGAAAUGUCAAGCCAUAUUUGAGUUUCAGAGGCCAAAGAAACCCACAAAGAGUCCAGGUGGAAGGCAAAGCACCGACGAUGGGGAUUUACUGCGGUAUUUACCAAAUUGGGAGCGUUAAAGUUGGAGACGAUGUUUACAUCAAUCAAACCUCGUCUGAGAAAUUUGUGAAAACGAAUAGAUCUGUUAGGUCUGGGGAGCAGAAAUAUGAAUUGCAACGCUUUCUGGAUCAAGAAACUACAGUGAAUAAUCAUAACUUCACCAGCAAUGGAUUGUCCUAAAUUUUGAAUUAUUUAUCAGAAAUCUUGUACCUUAUUUCAACUUAUUUUGACGAUUUACAAUACUACGUUAGGAGUCGCAACAGCACAAUGAUUCACUAAACUCUCGACUCGUGAGUCUGACCUGCGGCAUUAUAAGUUAUUGGUAAUAGAAAUAUAAAGAUCCUUAGGACCGAAACGAAACUAUUUAUAUUCAACUUAAGAAUUAAUAAGAGAAGAGAAAGAUAUGUUACAACACAAAUAAAGGCAAGUCAAUUGCUAGUGACUUAUAAGUGAGAUAAGAGUAUAUAAUAUA